AGCCCUUGCGCGCGCAAAAGCUUCUGCAAACACGAGACUUUUGUAAAUUGUUAAUUAUAGUUCAAGAUAGAAGCCCGUGGUUUAUGAUGUCUCGAUGCAUUUAAAUAGAAAUAUACUUUUUAAGAUUCCGAAAAAUAUUUACUGUUUUAAUAAAAAUGAUAAAUUUCAUGCGUUUCAAUAUUUUUUUUGGACGCGAGUACGAAGAUUUUAGAUACAAAAGUAUUUAUCUCGAUAUGGCGUAAGACUAGUUGAGCAAAACUUUUACAGAAUUGAGUUCUUCGACGAAUAAUUUCACAAUUAUUUAUUUACUUUUUUACGUUUGUGAGAAUUUGAUGUUAAUAUGGGAGAUCUUUGCAAUGAGGAUCUCGAUGAAAGCGUUUACGAAGCUCAACACGAGUGCGAUCGUUAUAGUCGAACACGGUGAUGCACUUUCACACGCGCGGUCACCUAGUUCGCCUGACGGCACAACCGUCUCUGCGGGAAUCGCGUACUUACAACGAGUGGAGCGAAGGAGAACGAAGAAGGAGAGAAGUAGAAGGAGCGGCGAAGGCAAGUGAAGCGAAGGAAAUGAGAAUGGAGAACACGGUGAGCGGCGACCGGUGGUGGUGCGGCACCAAACGAUCGGUGGAGGGGCAAUGGCUUACCUACCUGCCGGUCGUGGGCUCAGUCGGUGUCCGCCAGGUUGAAAAUCCGUCCGUCGCUUCUCUUGUACUUCUUAACUGGCGUGAUCGUAUACGCGAGCCGGCCACGCGUUUCCGUGCCGUUUCUUUUUUUCUUUUCUUUCAGAGAAGCUAAACGCGCCGGAAACCGUGACUUUUAUCGAGAGAGGGUGGCGUUUCCUCCCCAUUGACCUACUGAUCAAUCUCUCUCGGUAUCGAUGCUGAUGAUCGCGCGGGAAUCCGAUUGAAUAGUCUGCCUUGGCUAUACGGCAGACCCGGAAAGGCGAAAGGUUUUGCGCGCGAAAGAAAAAAGAGAUUUCGUGUUUGUGUGUGGAAAAGUGGAGGAGGCGUAUGCACGCGCGCGUUUGCGACACGCGUCUCUCUCUAUGUGUAUGUGUUUACGUAUGGUGUGAUCCGUGUUGACUGUGUAGGGUGCAACGACACGACGAGAGAGAGAAAGAGAAAAAGAGCAACAGAUAGAAAGAGAGAUAACGCAGAGAGAGAAAAAGAAAGAGAGACAGCGACAUCAAGUUUCGCUCUCGACAUCAGUCGCUCCGAUUGCCUCCUUCGUAGACAUGCCCCUGCUGAACAGCCAACAACUGCGACAUUAGGUGACAUAUAGGCGCACACGUGCAGCAGUCAUGGCAAGGAUAAUGACUCGGUGGUUCUGGUGUCUACUGUGCGUGAUUUUACACCUGCGGGACGUCCAUUCUAAAGUCGGUUUAUGCGAAGUGGAAUCGGGACAGUCGAAUAUUAUUCUUGAUAUCGAAGAGAGCAGAGGAAAUGCGAUCGAUCAGAAAACCGUGCCGGAAGAGCUUCCGGUGUCCGGUGACCCUUAUAAUGAGACUAUGCUGGAACUUAUCUUCCCUGGAAGGAAAAUCCCCCUUUUUAAACUAAAUGGCAAGAAGCUGCAGCUUCUCGAGCCAUUGGAUAGAGAUGAUGAAAAUCUCUCGCAUGUGGUUUUCCAGUUGAGCUGCACGGUAAAGUCGACUAAUAAGAAACGGACUAUCCCGGUAAUUGUGAGAGUGUCUGACAUCAACGAUAACGCGCCGAAAUUCAUUAACACGCCGUAUGAGACCACUGUGCCAGAGCUCACUCCGGUCGGCUCGACGAUCUUCAAGAAUGUCGAUGCGAUCGACGCGGAUGCCGGCGUCAACGGCAUCGUCGAAUAUUCGAUCGCACCCGGGGAUGGCAGCAGAAUUGGCAGCAACGAGGGUGUCGGACGCAACAGAAUCACCACCGUCGACGGGUACGGUUACUUUAGCAUCAACCUGCCGCAUCAGGGACAGGUCACAGUUAAUCGAACGCUCGACUACGAAAGGACUCAACGUUAUCUCGUCACUAUCUUGGCAUCGGAUCGGGCAAGAAACGUCUCCGAAAGAUUCACGUCCACGACCACGCUGACGGUGAACAUACGGGACGACGAUGAUCAGGAUCCGUCCUUUAUUUAUCAGGGCUGUAUGCUUUUGGAUGGUGCCUGCAUUAAUCCGGAAUAUUCCGCGUCGGUAUCGAGCGGAGUGCUAUCCGGCAUACUCAAUAUCUCGCCCGAGAAAAUCCAGGCGGUCGACAUGGACAGCAUAAACGCGCCGAUUCACUAUUCCUUCCUCAGCGGAAAUCCGCCAAAUUACCGGGAUUUUUUCGAGAUCAAUCCGAACACCGGGGCGGUGAAGCAAAUCAAGGCCGUCGACACGACGGUAACGAAGAAGUUCGAUAUUAUUAUCAAGGCGGUCGAAGUGUCAGAAGCGAAGCGCUCGGCCACGGCCAAAUUAACAAUCACUGUCAAGCCGGUCGACAGCAAUCCACCCGUUAUAACGGCAUCAAGCAUCGAAGGUUUCGUCGACGAGAAUGCUCCGAUUGGCACAAAGGUCAUCGAUGAAAGCGGGAAUCCCAUUGUGCUCACCGUGUCGGAUGCUGAUCUGGGACCAGACGAUCCGAAACCGACGUACACCUUCGAGUUGACCACGAACUUUUUCGCAAUUGAUCCGUCCGGCGUCCUUGUCGUGAACGAGGAGAAUCUGGAUCGGGAUCCUCCGAGUCCCGGCCGUUUUCGCUUCCAAGUUGUCGCCCGGGAGAAGACGGGUGUGGCCGCGUCGUCGCCCUUAUCGUUUGUCGUGACGUUGAAUGACGUUAACGACAAUUCGCCGGUGCUGCCUAUGAUGGCACCCAUCACCGUACAAGCGGGAGAGACGAAGAGGCAAAUAGCCAAGGUGGAGGCCACGGACAAUGACGAGGGUGAGAACGCCGAGAUAACGUACAGUAUCUAUCACGUGUCGAACAACGGCUUGCACAAGUUCAAAAUAGAUUCGAAGACCGGAGUUAUCGAGUCCGUGAGGAAACUGAACGCUGGCGAGCAAUAUAGCAUCACCGUACAGGCCAACGACAAGGGUGGCAGGUUCUCGCAGACAAUCGUCGAGGUGAACGUCAUUCCCGGGCCCAACACCAGAAGCCCCGUGUUCCAGCAACCGGUGUACGAGGUGCAAGUCAGCGAGGGGGCCUCCAUCAAUUCCACAGUCGCGACUAUCACCGCCAUCGACCCAGAAAACGAUCCCGUGUCGUACUCGAUAGUAUCAGGGAAUGAUUUGCGCCAGUUCGCGAUCGGCGACAAAUCAGGCGUUAUUACCGUUAUAAGGAAGUUGGAUAGGGAGGACUUGACCCGAUAUCAGUUGUUGAUAAAGGCCGAGGAUACUGGUGGUCUAUAUAGCACCGCGACGGUUAACAUCAUGGUCACCGAUAUCAACGACAAGAACCCCGAAUUUGUGGGUCUCCCUUACGAAUUUUCCGUGAAGGAGGGUGAAGAGCGCAAAGUAAUCGGCCGCGUGCAUGCUGAGGAUGCCGACGAAGGCAUAAACGCCGAAAUUACUUAUUUCGCACCCGAUGACAUUCCCUUUACCGUGGAUCCUGAAACUGGUGAGGUUCUAACGAAGAUAGUGUUGGACUACGAGCAGAACGACGAAUACAAAUUUGUGGUAACUGCGAGGGAUGGAGCUCCCGAUUAUCGUUUAGCAACCGCGACAGUCACAGUGAAAGUUAUAGAUGUCGAGGACGAGGUUCCGGUCUUUCACCAAAGCAAUUACGAGGCACGUGUCAAGGAAAACGUGCCUGACUAUAAUGUAAUUCAAGUCACGGCCGAUGAUCCGGACACAAAGAAGCAAAUUACAUACAUGAUCAAGCAAGGGGAUACCGAACUCUUCGCCAUAGACCCGAAGACCGGAGUCAUAAAAACUAUCCGCGGUCUCAAUUACGAAAGCCAGAGCCAGCAUGUACUUAUCAUAGGCACCGAGGAGAACACCAGCGAUCUACCUGGUUCCACUACCCGCGUUGUUAUUAACGUUCAGGACGUGAACGACAAUCCGCCGGUAUUUACGAUGGUACCGCGUCCCAUUACGUUGGACGACGACGUCCCUAUAGGAACGACUGUGAUCAAUCUCACAGCUGUAGAUUAUGACGGCACUCCGCCAGGGAAUCAGGUUCGAUAUGAGAUCACCGGCCUUGGUAUCGCCAGCAAGUACUUCGUAAUCGAUCCUGACACCGGCGUACUCCGAAUACGAGACGACUUGCGUAAGGAAACCGAUUCCGAGUAUCAGGUCCAAGUGCGUGCGUACGACAUGGGAGAGCCACAAUUGUCAAUCGUGACGACCGUACCGGUCUACGUUCGUCAUGUGGCGACGGUACCACCGGAGAUCGGUUUGGGUUUCGCGGAGAACUCGUAUAACGUCGAGGUACCUGAGGACGCGGGCGACAACACGCUAAUAAAGAUAAUUACCAUCAUCAACAGUCACGCAUACGACACGCCGCUCAAGUGCGAGAUUUACAGCGGCAAUGAGGAAGGCCUAUUCGACGCGAAUGUCACGGAAGAGCGAAAUUGCGCACUGAGACUGAAGAAAGGAGCGUUAGAUUACGAGACAACGGAAUCUUACCAGAUUAAAAUCAAGCUGGAAUCGCUCUCGGGUCUUUUAAACUCAGGCAGAAACACGACGAUGGUGAAGAUUCAGGUAUUGGACGUAAAUGAUAACAAGCCCGAAUUUAUCUUCCCGGAGACAAGUCAGAAGCUUACAAGAGGACGUUACUUUGCGGCGAUUCCCUAUACCGCACAAUUCGCAUCUACCGUCGUACAGGUGAAAGCUCACGAUAAAGACAACGGGAAGUACGGCAAGCUCGAGUACAAGAUCCUGGAAGGACGUGGCUCUGAUUACUUUGCUGUCGAUAGCUCCACCGGCAUAAUUAGGACAACGGUGACAUUCGAUCACGUGGAUGCAUCCGAACUUCCUUUCAAGUUUGACGUUCGCGUACGCGAUAACCCUAACUCGACCGACAACUAUAACUCGAUCGUUGCCCCGGUGAUCGUUAAUCUUAUCGGGGAAGAAAACUUGAUGAUCUUGGUGGUGCAAGAUGCGGCGCCGGAAGCGCUGCAAAAGGAAGCCGGAAAAAUAGCAAAUGUAAUCGAGCAGAGGAGUGGCCUGCUGAUCGGCAUCGACAGAGUCGCAGUAAGAAAGAUCCUCACGAAGAAUGGUACUAUCGAGACGUUCCCACAGGACUCUGACGUGUGGUUUUACGCGGUCGAUCCGGAUACCGAGGUUAUACUGAGUAGAAACAGCACCAGAGUGCAGAGGUCCAUCAUGGAUAAAUCGGCCAUGUCAAACAUUACCUUUGACGUGUCUACAUUAGUGCGGGCAAAUGCCAUCGACAUUCACGCACCCGUGAUGCCACCGGAGCCAAUUCGAACACAAACAGCGGUAGCAUUCAGCGGCGAGGUAUUCCCGUACGCGCUGAUUACCAUUGCCUGCGUGAUUCUGAUCCUCGGCAUCGUCGGUAUCAUUUACAUAUGCGUCUCUUGGUCCAAGUAUAAAGCGUACAAGGAACGUAUGCAGCGCAUGUACGUGGUGCCACGAUACGAUCCCGUCUACGUGGAACCCAAUUUGAAGGAAUACGAGACGCAGGUACUCCAGAUGAGCGUGCCGGUUGACGACAACGAUAGCUGCAAUGACUUGCAGUUGGACUUCAGCAACAAAAAUCACGCGUUCAGUCUGGACAACGUCAGUUACAUCACCAAAGAUCACGGAGAUAGUACUGGCCAACAAAGUCCCGUUAGCUCCGAAGCGGCGACCACGGCACGAGCGUCCAGCAUCGUCGGUAAUCACGGCGACACCAAUAUCCAUUCCCUACGACGGUCCACGUUGGGCCGAAAGAAUCAUAGCGCGAGCAACACGAACACCCUGAACAAUCGCGAUGCCACACCGGUACUUAAUCCCCUGUACAAUCACGGCAAUGAUCUGCUGAGCCCUAGUCCGUCCAAUGACAAUGUCACCUUCAGGGAGAGGAAGGAUUAUUCGCAUCUCGGCUUCACGUAUCUGGGCGAGCAAAGCCCGGUGGAAACCACGACAGAAUUGUAAGUUAUAUGACUUGGGAGACAUAUAACUUGUGCGAAAAAUAUUGGUCACCUUCAAGACUGUCACUGAAAUUAUACAUAGAAGACAAGGAUGAAAGAAGAGAUGUAAUCCCGAUUACGUCCCGUAAUUUUUAUUUUGAUAUCG